GCCUGCCGCCAAGCUCAUCUCAGGUGUAGGUACUCGAAAGGGUGGUAUUUUGUACGAAGUUCUGUGCUCGAUUUUGAAAUGUAAAGUAACGGUUGAAGCGUAACUAUGUGAAACGUGUAUGUUUUGGCUACGCUGUAUUCGAAGAGGAGACAGUAUUUUAGUGUGAACAGUGAGAAAGAAUGGAGAAAUGUUGAGCGUUUGCAGUCGCCAUUUUGCAGCAUCGAAGAAGGCUGACCUGAUCGUUGGCGAAAUGACCAAUUGAUUUUGAAAGAACUGACAAACUGCUUGAAGGAAUUUUUUAUACCAUUAAAGUGUCAGGAGUCCCAUAAUGACCCAGCAAAACAAUACAGUGAAUUUUCUGAUUCAUGAUUCGAAUGGUCAGCCCCAAGUGAUUAAAUUAGUACAAACACAUGCUACAAAAUCUCACAAUAAUGUAGCAGUUGAUAAUCAAGCUCUGAAGACAAUAUUUAAAGCGCCUAAUCAAGAUGGUAGUCAGGGUACUGGUGUGAUCUCAUCUGCACCACAGGUUCUCCGAACACUUAGUUUGCAAAGUCCAAAAACAUCUGGGCAGAGGUCUUCACACAUUGUAACCAUACCUGUUCAGUCAUCUGGUUCCAUGAAAGUUCAAACAUUGAAAUCAUCAGAGCCUACUCUUCUGCCAAAGACAAUACAUUUAGCUUCUAAUCCAAUGGUUUUAAGUACUUCUCAGCGAAUAGCUGCACAGCAUGUUCUGCCAACAAAUCCGCCAAAGAACUACAUCUCUCCAAUCCUUGAUCACAGUGGAUCUCGAAAACGUCAAGAAAUGGAGAAUGAAUUUAUGCCAGAGUACAAACGAAGAAAAAGUGAAAAAGUUGGAAAGGGACUUAGACAUUUUUCAAUGAAGGUAUGUGAAAAAGUGCGCAAGAAGGGCACAACGUCCUACAACGAGGUUGCUGAUGAGUUGGUUGCUGAAUUUACAAAUCCAAAUUUAGUAAUUUCACCAACAGAUCAGCAAUAUGACCAGAAGAACAUCAGGAGAAGAGUUUAUGAUGCUUUGAAUGUCCUUAUGGCUAUGAACAUCAUCUCCAAAGAAAAAAAAGAAAUACGAUGGCUGGGUUUACCUACAAAUUCGCUUCAAGAAUGCCUUACUUUAGAAAAGGACAAACAGAAAAGAAUUGAAAGAAUAAAAGUUAAAACACAACAGUUGCAGGACCUUAUUUUACAGCAAAUAUCAUUCAAAAAUUUGGUGGAGAGGAACAAGAAAAUGGAGGAAGAGUGUGGUGCACCACUUCCAAACUCUGCAAUCCACUUGCCUUUCAUAAUUGUUAACACAAGUAAGAAGACUGUUAUUGACUGCAGUAUAUCAAAUGACAAGACCGAGUACGUGUUCAAUUUUGAUAACAAGUUUGAAAUCCAUGAUGACAUCGAGGUCCUGAAACGAAUGGGCAUGGUACUAGGUCUUGACAGAGGAGAGUGCUCAGAUGCAGACCUGCAGAAGGCCAAAUCCAUGGUUCCCAAAGCCUUGGAAAAUUACGUUGUCCAAUUAGCCAGUGGGCACUUCGAUACAGUUCUGCCAGAUUUGGAAGCCGGGCCAAGUUCAUCUCUUUCUGUGGAUGACCUGGAUGCUAGUCUUGGCGUCAAUGAACUUUCAAGACCAUCGUCACAUGCAUCAUUGUCUGAUCCAUUGUCUCCUUCUAUACAAGAUUUUUCUGAUGAGGAGUCUGACAUUUCGAGUGACCUUGAAGUAAAUUAGUUGCCUUGACACUCACUGUGAGACUGUGAAAAUGUGUAUGUUCUUGCUGGAGUGUUGCAUCGUAUCAGUUUUACAAGUGUAUAUUUAUUUCUUCUUCUUCCUUCUCCUCCCCCCUCCUACUGCCCCCCCUCCUCCUCCUCCUCCUCCUCCUCCUCCUCAUUCUUAUUCAUUGAAUCUCUUGUCUGAAAGUAUUGCAGUCUUUGACAUUGUUUUCUGAACUGCCUGGUGCUUAAUUCUAUUUAUAUGUGUAUUUAUAGGGCUGCAAAAGGCUGGUACUGUUGUCUUUUCCUUAUUUCUCAGUUUGUUACUACUUGAGCACCCUACCAGCAAGUCAUAUUCACCGUCCAGCCAGAUAAAUAUUAGUACAUUUUUCACUGUAAUAAUUGACAGGAGAACUGCAGUUGUAAGAAGCCUUUGGACAGUGUGUUAUUUGACAGGGACCAUAGUAAUUGGAUCUUUAAGCUUGAAUUUAUGGAAUAAAAUUUUAUGAUCAUUGUACAUUGAAAGAGCUUCAGUAACAUUGUAAGAAAGUCUGUGUAAUUUUAAAUUGGAUUUACACAGGUUUUUUUUUUUUUUUUUGUU